AUGGCUAUGAAAUGGAUGGCAGGUCUUGUAGUAGUUUUACUACUAGUACUAUGUCUGAUAUUUGGAUUAAAGCAUCAUCCAGAAAGCAAUAAUGAUGAUGCUAUAGACUAUAAUGACAUUGAUGUGGUUCAAUAUGGGGCAGCUGGGGAUGGAAUUACAGAUGAUUCACAAGCAUUUCUAAAGGCUUGGGAGGCUGUUUGUGAAGCUACAACUCCCUCAGCUAUGCUAGUACCAUCUCGCAGAACAUUCUUUUUGAACCCAGUGAAGUUCCAAGGCCCAUGCGUGUCCUCCAGUGUUGGUGUUAAGCUUACUUGGGAAGUGCAGAUUCUUGGGAAAAUUGUGGCUCCGAGUGACAUUGAUGCUUGGAAAGAAUUUGACGUGGAAAAUUGGUUGCUCUUCUCUAAUGUGAGUAGACUUGUCAUACGAGGGAGUGGCCAAAUUGAUGGGCAAGGAGCUGCUUGGUGGGGCCGGAAAUCACAUGGUAGACCCACGGCACUGGCGUUUUACGACUGCGACAGCCUUCGGCUAUCUGAAUUAACACACAUUAACAGUCCAAAAAGCCACAUGCACAUAGUUCGCUGCAAUGACACAUCCAUCUCUCAACUGCAGAUAUUAGCACCUGAGGAUAGUCCCAACACGGAUGGUGUCGAUGUCAGCUAUUCGACCAACGUUCAGAUUCAGAACUGCAAAAUUGCAACAGGUGAUGAUUGUAUUUCUAUUAGCGAGGGCUGCUCCAAUAUCCAUAUCGCAAACAUCCAGUGCGGACCAGGUCAUGGCAUAAGUAUUGGUAGCUUGGGAGAAAAUGGGGUGACAACCAAUGUAGAAGAAGUGAGAGUUCAAAAUUGUCACCUGAAAGGGACCAUGUAUGGAGCAAGGAUCAAAACUUGGCAGGGGGGAUCUGGAUAUGCAAGGAAGGUAUCCUUUCAAGGAAUCACACUGGAUCAAGUUAAGAAUCCAAUCCUGAUCGACCAGUAUUACUGCAACGGUAAAAAUGGCUGCAAAAACCAGACAUCAGCUGUCCAAGUGAGUGAUGUUUUGUACCAAGGAUUUCAUGGAACAUCUGCAACAGAGGUCGCAAUCAAAUUAAGUUGUAGUGAAAGUGUAGGCUGCAGCAACCUUGCAUUUGAAGAUAUUGAGAUAAAAUCUGCAGAUUCUGAUAAAAUCACACAGUCCUCAUGUUAUAAUUCCAAUGGAAGAUCUACAAAUACAGUUCCAGCCAUAGAUUGUUUGUUGCCACUGAUGAAUUCUUGAAAGAACAUCUGUGAAUGCAUCUGGUAAAGGAAGCAAUUUUACAGGCUCCCACUGGAAGAAAUGAUUGAUUUUUUUUUUCCAGACUAACGAUCUUACAUCAGUAGCAUACUCAGCUGCACCGUAUCCUAGUUCUGGUUUAGUUUGUACCAUUUAUUUUUACCCAUACAACAUUGGACAAUGUCUAUUACAAUAUGAUGUCUACUGAAAAAAACCACAUCAACAAUGCUAACCCUUUUUAAAGAUAUACUUCAGCAGAUAGACACUAUUAUGUUGGUCAAUUUCUURGAUGGAGUAAAAAUUGAAACACAGACAAUGAAUGCUAUACAGAUAUAUGAGGGGAAGAAAUAUUCUACUGCAACAAACACAGUCAAUCAAAGCAACUGACUAAGCGAA